UUUAUAAAGUUCGAAUUUUAUAAUAUUUAAUUUCUCAAUAAUAUAUAUAGUUUUAUGAAUUAUAUUUUGUGACUACGUUUGUGACCUUUUUCCCAGGAUUCCUCAUAUUGUUAAUGUCAGCCAUAUUAGUAAUGAAUUGUUUCUGUUUUGAAGGCGUUGUUUACUAACAAUAUCAUUUAUUUCGAUGAAAAAAUUGAAAUGUAGCCCGGAAAACGAUCCUUUUGAAUACAGCAUUCAAGGAUGGACAUAGCGUCUACAAGUGUAUCGGAUAAGCCUAAAAUUAUUAAUAGAAAUGACUCCAGUCACCACAAAGACGAUUCAUGUAGUUUAAGUUCUGAUUCUGAAUCAAAAGACCCUAUGGUGCAACGUUGUGUGAUCAUUCAAAAAGACGAUAAAGGUUAUGGUCUUACUGUUUCUGGUGAUAAUCCUGUUUUUGUCCAGUCAGUGAAAGAAGAUGGUGCUGCUGCAAGAGCUGGUGUUCAACAAGGAGAUAGAAUCAUUAAAGUAAAUGGCACUUUAGUGACACAAUCAAAUCACCACGAAGUUGUUGAGCUUAUAAAGUCUGGUUCCUAUGUGGCUCUAACACUGUUAGGAAAGCCUCCAGGGCAGGGAAAAGGAUCUUUGAGUCCCCAACAUUCAUUUCUCAUAUCUGGAGGCAGUGGAACAAUGAAUAUUCUUAAUUCAAGUAAAUCAGAUGCUUCAGAUCGGAUAACAGGUCCUCAGCCUGUUGAUCCGGAGAAACAGCAACAACUUACCAAUUCCCGCAUUCACACAAUUCGUAAAAUGCUGGAAAAGGAAGUUGUUUAUCUUGAAAACCUCAGGGCAGAGUUUUCCAAGACUCCUUCAGAGAAGAUGCGUGCUGAAGUUAAUGGUGCUGUAAAGCGAGUGAAAACUUUAGAAGAGCAAUUAGUUAAUCUUACUGGUAUUCCUUAUGAGCACAUAAUUACUAGAUCACCCAAAUCACCAACAUCAGGACGGCACAAUCAUGACAGAGAGAGCCAUCGGUCAAUCUCUUUUCCAACUCAUGGCUUACACAAUCGUCCUUUAACUCAUCAAGUUUCAGCUCCUGUGUUACCUGCAAACCAAGUGUCUCCAAGUCCUGCAAGUCCAGUAUCUCCUGAAGCUAGUGAUCCAAAAUAUCAAGUCAUUUUAUCACCAUGUACAGAAAUACAAGACAAAAAGUCUAGUUCUCCUGAAACACAAAAACAGUCACUUUCUACGUCCCUGGAAAAUAUUGUAAAACAUUUGAAUCCUCGGACUACUACGUGGCCGCAGCACACUCAUACUCGUCAGAGCUCUAGCCCAGAAACAUUACGUGGAAUUGAAAAUCUUAAGUGCCAAAAAAGUAAUGGUUGCACAAGAGCUGAAUCCUUGUACAGAUCCCCAAGUGCAGUGUCUCCAUCCUUUGGAAGUUUCAGGAGCUUUAAUUCGAACUUAGAAAAGUCCAGCCAUCCAGCACCUUCUGCUGGUCAGUGUGAUAGUGCAAUAGAAAGUCCUGGUCCAUCUCCACCUGGUACACCACCACCCGAACCAGUAGUGUCUCAGAAAAGUGGAGGUGAGAGCUUUGAGGGUGAAGAGCCGGUCUCUCAUGAAGAAUAUGGAACACCACCAGAGUCUUCAGCCGAAGAAUUCAAUCUUCAGCCAGUUAUAUCAAAAUUGAAUCAGAACACAAAUAUAAUUUGCAUGGAAGAUGAUGACUUCUCUUCUGAUACAGAAAUGGGUCAUUUAGAAGAUCAUGGGCCUUUCAAUGGACUUUGGAAGCUUGUUAGAAAUCCAGCCCAUUUAGCAGUCUUCUUACAUUACUUAAUGUCUAAUAGUGAUCCAUCCAGCCUAUUCUUUUAUCUCAUAUCUGAAAUGUAUGAACAAGGUACUGGAAAAGAAAUGAAAAAAUGGGCAUAUGAAAUUCAUUCAAGUUUUUUAGUUCCUGGGGCUCCUCUGAAAGUAUCUCUUGUGGAUGAAACUAUUCUUCAUGAAAUAGAUGAAGUUCUUUUAAAUCAUAUUGACAAAGAAGACACUCUUCGAGCAGUUUUCAGAAAGGCAAGAAGAAAAGCUAAAGAAGAAUUAAAUGACUUUCUUGCAGAAUUUCGAAAUAAAAGGACUAUGGGCCUUGCCAAUAUAUUUGGCCCACCUGAUUUCCAGCUUGAUGAAGCCAUGCAUGAUAAAAACAAAGAAAUUAAAGUCAUUGAAUCUCUUCUUGGACCAUAUUUUGAUAAUUAUUCUGAAGAAGUGGAUGGUAUGGAUGAUCGAUCUGUUGCUAAAAUAUAUGCUCUUGCUACUGUAUUGAAACAAUUUGGUAUAAAAAAUGCACAAUUGCUGGCUAUUCUUGAAAAAUGUCCUACAUUCCUUGAAAAAAAGUCAUUUAUUUCUUCCCUAUUGCAGAGGAACAAAAAGGUGAUUUUUACUCAAGGUCAUCAUUUUGUAUCGGAUGUGAUUUUCACACAAGGUCAUCAUUUUGUGUCGGAACAUUACUAUUCAGUAACAUAUUGCAAUCAUUGUCAAUUAAUUAUUUGGGGUAUUGGUUAUCAGGGAUAUCAAUGUCAAAAUUGUGAAAUGAAUAUUCAUAAAGCUUGUAUAAAAGUGGUUGAGGAGCAUUGUAUUGGAUCUUUAAGGAAUAAGAAGGAAAGAACAAAAGAAAGUAAGGAAAAAAUGAAGAAAGAUAGAAAGUCUGGACUUGUAGAGAAUUUUAUUGCAAAAACAAGAAAAACUAGCCAGCCAGUUCCAGCAGCAAUUGAAAAAGCCAAACGGCUGAAUGAAGAGAUGAAUGCUGAUAAUGGUCUCUCAUCUGAUACACACCAUUCAAGAACACUUGAUGGAAGUGGAAGAGGUAUAGAUCAUUUAAAAGAACCAUCUGAGAUAGUUUUCCAGAAUAUGUUGAAUCUCUCUGAAUCUUUGGAAAAGUCAAAUUCCAGCAACAAGAAGAACGCUUCGUCCAUCGGCCGGUCGGAGAGCUUCCGUCAAACGAGAGAGAGUAAACCUUCAUUUAGAAAAAGAAGUGAUCCAAAUAUUCCACGUUCUAAAAGUGAUGUGGAUGUGGAUGAUAAGCAUGGUUUAAAUGAAUCUCGCAGCUCAUCCAAUUCCAGUUUGUCAAACAGAAGCCUGGAUAGCCCAAGCAAUUCGUCUGAAAUGGUGCAUCGGACUCCCACUUCAGUAUCAGCAGAUUCUGUGCCUCCUAACUUUGCUCCUACUUGUGGACUUACAAGUUCAGGAGGGCACAUGACCACACAAUCAUCAGAUGAUUCUGAUUUGGAAGCCGAUGCAGAUCCUCCCAAGUGGCAAGAAAAUGUUGAUUGGGAUGUUUUGAAAGUUAUGAAACCAAAGGAGAAGAAAAGACAAGAUGUGAUAAAUGAACUUUUCCACACUGAAAGAACACAUGUAAGAAAUCUGAAGGUGCUGGACAAAGUUUUCUAUAAACCCUUGCUUCAAGAACAACUUCUUCCUCCUGAUUUUUUGAACUUGCUUUUUCCAAAUUUGGAAGAAAUGUUGGAAAUUCACACAACAUUUAAUAAUAAAAUGAAAGCUCGUCGGAAAACUGAACCUGUGGUUGGAGAUAUUGGCCAGUUAAUGUUGGAAAUGUUUGAUGGACCUGCUGGUGACCAUCUCAAACAAGCUGCUGCAACUUAUUGUAAAAAUCAAUCAAUAGCUUUAGAAAGUUUGAAACUAAGACAGAAGAAGGACCAAAAGCUAGCUCAAAGUCUGUCUGAUGCUGAAACAAAUAAUUUAUGUAGAAGGCUACAGUUGAAAGAUAUAAUAGCAUCUGGUUUCCAAAGGUUGACUAAAUAUCCACUUUUAUUAGAAAAUAUUGCCAAGUAUACACCACCAAAUACUCAAGAGCUAGCUGAUUUACAGAGGGCUGUAGAAUGUAGCAAAGAAAUUCUGGUUCAUGUUGAUUCAGCAAUUAAAGAAGCUGAAAACAGGCACAGGCUGCUUGACAUUCAGAAGAAAAUGGACAAAAGUGCAUUUGAAAAAGUUGAACAUCCAGUAGUGCAAAGUUUUAAGAAUUUGGAUUUGACAUCUCAUAAAUUGCUAUAUGAAGGUCCUCUUUUAUGGCGUCAUAGCAAGCAGAAGCACAUUGAAAUGCAUGUAGUUUUGAUGGAGGACAUACUUAUUCUUUUUCAAAAACAAGAUGAAAAAUAUAUUUUAAAAUUCCAUAACACUAUUCUCACAAGCGGGAGAGAAGAUACAAAAAUCAUGCACAGUCCAAUUCUCAGGGUCCAGAACAUAUUUUCUCGUGAAAAUGCCACAGAUAAAAGAACAUUUUUUAUUGUAUCUUCUUCUGAAAUGCAUGCAAUUUAUGAAUUUGUUGCUGCUACUGCAUCUGAAAAGAAAAUUUGGUGUAAUUAUAUUGAUAAAACUGCUCAAGAAUUAAAGCAAAAGCUUCGAAAUAUGGCCAAAAGCAGUCAAGAAGCGUCUCAUCCAGUUCCUGAACCAACAACACCUGCACCUAGUGAACCACCUCCUACUGAAAUUAAUGAAGUUGAGGCAAAACCAAAAGAGACUGAGCCUGUCACAGAAACUAUUGAAGAAACUAAAACACCUCCAGUUGCCUCAAGUGAAAACAAUCUACCUCCUUCUGAGCCAGAAGAGGCUCCUCCUCCAAGCGAGCCUCCUGAUGAAAUUCCACAGAUAGCUAAACAAGUCAGGCAUGAUGAAGAUGCAAAUGAAUCUGGUGAAAGGCCACACAAAAGACUGGAGCAUAUUGAAAUUUUAGAAAUUGCCGAAGGUCCCCAGCUCAUUGAACCAAGUGAAGUGAUUGUUAGUAGUGGUGCAAUCUGUGAGACUGCAGAGCCUGUUCUAACUCCAUUUGAAAAGUUGAGACGAAAAGAUUUGGAAAUAUCUAAAGCCAUUGAGGAAAAGGAAGUGAUAACAGCUGAAAUUCUUCAGAUUCCAAUAGAAGAAUUGAAAAGUCCAGCAGAAAUUCAAGAAGAUGAUACCAAAGAAAUGACAGCUUUAGAUUUGAUAACUGUUGCUGUACACCAAGGUAAUAAAUUAGCAUCAUUUUUAAAUGAAGGGUUAAGUUUGGAAGAAUCACCUCCUAUAAUUGAUCAUGAAUCUUGUGAAGAAUUAAACAGUCAAGACAAUACUUCAACACAUGAAAGGACAUCCUCUUUCACUCCUUUCUGCAGGCUCAAAGGUGUUUCUCUUGAAUCACUAUUGCCAGUAUCAACAGCUCUCAAUCAAAGUUUAGCACAGCUGGUGGUUAUGAUCAGAGAUAUGGAAGAAGAAAGAAAGCAACUACGCAAGGAGCUUGCAAAUUGUCAAGAACAAGUACAUCAGCUUCAUGAAGCUCAUCGGCACUGCAUAACGCAAUCCCAAUCACCCAGUAUGCAUUCAAGGCCUAGUAGCUUUGUGUCAGUUGCCUCGACAGCUUCGGAUGGCAUGACUGAAUUUUUUGAGUCUCAGCAUUUGUUUUCAGUAUUAGAGAAAUCAGAAGAAUCAGCAUGUGCAAGCCCUAUUCCAAAAGAUACCACUGAAAUCCCUCAGUCAUCUAGUCCAAUGCCUGAAGAUGCCCUCCCCUCAGAAAUGAGGACUUUAGAAGAAGUUAGUGAAACCAAUAAUAGAACUUGUGAUCAGUCUAUAAAUGCUUCAAACUGUGAUGUACAAAACUCUGUCCCAUCUGCUAAUGCUAGUGAAACAUGUCCAGCAGAGGAUAGCACGGGAUCUGAUGCAGUGUGUAGGACAGUCCAAGAUGAGCACACUGUUGAUCCAGUGUAUCUCUGAAGAAACCUCAGCUCUGCAUGUGUUUUGUCUUAAGCCAAUUCUUGCUGGUUAUACACGUUAUUUUGCAGAUAUAAAAACCAUCCUGUAAACUUGUAAAUUUUUUCUUUUUGCCCCCCCCCCCCCCACUGUAAAUGUAAUUUGUGCAGAAAUAUACUUGUGAAUGUUGUUGAAGCUAGUAAGAAGUCUGGACUGACUUCUUAUUCUUUGUUUUAUAUAUGUCCAGUGUGUGAUCAGUUGUGUAGUAAAACCUUUAUUUAUUGUACAAAUUUCCCAAUAAUACUCGAAGUAAAUGGUAUGUCCCAUGAGAUUUUUUUUUUCGUGUUUUGGAAAGUGACAAUGAGUAGCUGGGACACUGCCAUAUGUAAAAAGUAAUAUUUGUGUGAACAUUAUGGUGCUCUUGGCAGUGCUUUUAAUGUCUCUGAGGCCUUCAAUAAUAACUAUCCUUGCUUGUUCAGAUGACCAAGUCUGAAACUAAUUCAUGUCCUUUCUGAAAGGAUGAGAGUAUUUUGUAGAUACAUAUAAAUAAAUCUAUAUCUAUAUAUACUAUAUCUAUAUAUCUAUAUAUAUUGCUGCAGUUAGUUUUCUAAUUCAAGAUCCUCUUUUCCAACUGUUUUGUGCUCUUGCAAGUAAUAAGCAUUAGUCAUUUUUUAAAAAAGUUAUUUUUAUGUCUUUAAUUAUUUAUUUUUUUAUUUCUAAUAUUUUAAAAUAAGACUUUUUUCAUUAUGAAUUUUCUUGAGAUUAAAAUAAAUAUAAAAAAAUUGUGAUCAUCUCUAUAAAUCUUAAUAUUAACUUAAAUAUGUAUGAUGAUUCUGUGUAUUAAUGUGCUUUGAUACCGAUAACUUAUUAUGUAUAUUGUGAAUUCUUACAAAGUGAAUAUGUUAUGAUACAACUUAAUUGUAUUUAAUUCUUGAAAAUAUAAAGAACAAAUAAACUGUAUGUACAUCUAAAAUCUUGAUUAAAAAUGAUCAUAGCAAAUUCCUGAAAAUCUAAAUUAGCAAUUUUACCUGUGGCUUAGAUUGUAACAUAUCAUCUUUGUAUAUAGACGCACAUACCCCUGAAAUUAUUGGUAAUUUUCAUAUUAUUCUAUAGUUUUUUUUAUAUAGAUUAUAUAUUAUUUCAUUAGAAUGAGUAUCAUCUGCAUCUGUUAAGUAUGGCAUUAUAAUUUUUUUUUCACAAACAAGAGCUAAUUACAUGUGUAUUCUGUAAAAUAAAUAAAUAAAAAGUGGUUUAAGGUUGUGAAUCGGAAAAUCUGUAAUUGGUUUGUGAGAAAAAUAAAAUCUCAAUCAAUUUGUUUAUUUUGUUUCCUAUCUUGUUGAAGUGCUGUUGUGAUUAAAAGAUCUGGUAUUAUAUUUUGCUCUAAAAUAUUUUAUAAUUUAAUUAAUUGAAAAUGAUACCAUAUUUUGACUUAAAACAGUGUGUUCAAAUAGAAACUUAAUAAUUUUCAUUUGUAAAAGUGUAAUUGCUUCUUUUCUUUUUAAAAGGGAUUCUGUUUUUAAAGAUUCUCCCCCUCCCUUUUUUCACUGCUUAUAUUCUUUUCUGUAUUAACAUUUUUUUUAUUUUUUUUUUUAUGAGUUGAGCUUUAUCAGAAUGAAAAAUAUUUUUUAAAAGGUUAAUUUUUGAGCCAUAAAUUUUAAAGCAAUUGCAGUAUGAAAUAUUUCAAUUUAUUUUAGAAUUUUUAAAAUUAAGUUUAAUGAUUAGGAGACUAUUUUGUAGUCAAUUUUUCUUUGAAUUCUAAAUCAAGAAUGUUAAACAUGUUUUGUUAGAAAAACAUUUUUUAAAGAAAUUAAAUCACAAAAUUUAAUAAAAUUAUUUGUGUUAACAGAAUUUAUAUUCUUUUAAAUCUAUUUCCAUAUGCAUUGCACUAAUUUAAUUUCAUAAUAGUUAUUUUUGAUUAUAACAACUAUGUAUAAAAUAGAAACUCUGGUAUAAGAAUUCUUAGAUUGUACAGUUUUUAAAAAUUAUUUCUGAAAAUAUUUUGACAUCUUUAGAUGCUGCUGUAGUGCAGCCAUACUUUUUAAAUAGCUAUAGAAAAUUUUAAGUUCUUUUUUGAAACAACUUUUCAUAACUGCAUUUAUGUAGGGGAAACAAAUUUUCAUGUACUACACUGUAUCUGGAAUAACUCUCUAAAUAUUAUUUUGAGAGAGGAAAAAAAAUGAGAGAGCAAAAAAUAAAAAAAAGUGCAUUGCUCCUUGAAUAUUGCAUAUUUUUCAAAAACUAUAUUUUGUCUGUUUUUAUGAUAUUCAUUUGUAUAUAAUCCGUAGAUUUUAUUAUUUAUCCUCCUCCAUCAAAUUGAUGCUUCUGCCUCCAAAAUCAGAUAUAAAAUACAUUUGUUGCACAUUAAACUAACAACCUCGAUUUUCAGUUUUUGUAGAAUGCUUUUCAGAGACCUUGCCCUAGAGCAUACAGUAGGACCAAACACAAUGUUCAUGUGAUUAGAAUUUCAAAGUUUUAACUGCAUAUUUUUAUAUCAGUUGUGAAGUAUGAUGAUAAUCCUUAAUGACAAGCAAUAACUCAUUUCCUUUGCCAGCUAUAUCUAUACUGUAACAAUUGUCAUAUGUAAUAACAUAUUUCUGAAUUUUUUAAAUUCUAUUUUAGAAGUUGAUAACUAUACAGGAUAUUAAACUCAUUCAAAAAUUUUUAUUGAAAAAUAUAAUUUAAUUGCCAUUGAUAUUUUUUCUGUGUAAAAAAAAAAUGAAAUUAUGUACAUUGUUGUGUAGAUUGUAUUUAUGAAUUGCUUUGGAAAAGUUAAUUAUUUAGACUUUGUUAAUUUUUUUUUUUCAAAAAUAGAAUUUAUGAAGACUUGUUUGCAAAAUUAUUAAUCAAAAGUCUUAUUAUUUUCUUUUUAACCGGUGAAUUUAUCUAGAGUGUAAGUUCUGUAUUUUUUGAAGUUGUAUUCAGUUGGUUUGGAAUUACUUUACUUAUAUACUCCUAACAAACUUGCAUAAUUAUGUUAUUUUUAAUAGUUAAUAUGUAUAUGAAUUUAAACAUAAGAAAUAUAUGAUACUUCUGAAAUAUUAUAGCAAUAAAAGAGUAUGUUACUAAUUAAAAUGCAAUGCAAUGUAGGAGUUUGUGAUUUCAUUCUUGAGCUACAAAAUAAACAUUUUUUUUAAUAGUG